UCUGUGAACAUAAAAUUAAUGUGAAAUAUUAUUUAAACAAAAUAUUAGAAGUAAUUAUGAAUAAUAAUAUUCAAUUACCCUAGUCAGAAUUACAAUUAUUGAAUAAUGAUCAAGUGCUCAAUGUCAAUGUCAAUAGUGACAUUGUUUUUAGUUUACGUUAUAAAUCACACUUUAGGAUAUUUUGGAACUGAAGUUAAUAAAAAUGAUGACUGUUUUUGUGAACUUAAAGGUAGUAUAGACGAUUGCAGUUGUACGGUUGAUACUGUAGAUUAUUUCAAUAAUAAAAAAAUCUUUCCGAGACUACAGAGUUUGCUCAUUAAAGAUUAUUUUAGAUUUUACAAAGUGGACCUAGACCGGAAAUGUCCAUUUUGGGUAGAUGACAGUCGAUGUGCUAUGUCACAUUGCCAUGUAGAAGCAUGCCAACAAGAAGAUAUUCCUGCGGGUCUGAAACGAAUGAAACAAAGAUAUCAGGAUCCAGAUCAAUCUCAAACUUUCUGUGAUGACUUUGAUACCAGACUGGGAUAUUUAAAUAUGAGCAUUAGUCCAGCUGCUCACAAAGGAUUUGAAGAAUGGGCUAAACAUGAUGAUGCACAAGAUAAUUUUUGUCUCUUAGAUGAAGAUGAACCUUCAGCUCAAUAUGUAGAUUUAUUAUUAAAUCCUGAAAGGUAUACGGGUUACAAAGGAUUUUCUGCAAAUAGAAUUUGGAGGAGCAUAUACAUGGAAAAUUGUUUUAGACCAAAAAUUUGCAUGAACUAUAAUUCUUUUAUUCCUUAUAAUGCUUUAUCGGCCCAGAAUGGAAUGUGCCUGGAGAAAAGAGCAUUUUAUAGAGUACUGUCAGGGUUGCACACUAGUAUAAAUAUUCAUUUAUGUGCUAAUUACUUAUUAUCAGAUAAGGAACAACCAGGGUUUGUUGGCCCUACAACUGGACUUUGGGGCCCUAAUAUAGAAGAAUUUAGGCAUCGUUUUCAUCCAGAUUAUACCAAUGGUGAAGGGCCUCAUUGGUUAAGAAAUUUAUAUUUUAUAUACUUAGUAGAAUUAAGAGCUUUAUCAAAAGCUGCACCUUAUUUAUUAAGAGAAGAGUAUUUUACUGGCAAUGAAUCAGAGGAUAAAGAUGUAAAAGCAGCUAUUACCGAUUUGUUAAAAGUGGUUCAGUCUUUUCCUACUCCUUUUAAUGAACGUACUAUGUUCAAUGGUCACACAACAAAAUUAAAAAGAGAAUUCCAACAUCAUUUUCAAAAUAUUUCUCGUAUAAUGGACUGUGUGGGUUGUGACAAGUGUAAGCUUUGGGGAAAGCUUCAAGUUCAAGGAUUAGGAACAGCAUUAAAAAUUUUAUUCUCUGGAAAAUUUGAUUCAUUUGAUGAAUAUGGAAUAGAUUUGGUAACUUUGGGACGAAGUAAAUUUCAAUUACAAAGAACUGAAAUUGUAUCACUAUUUAAUGCUUUUGGAAGAUUAUCAACGAGCAUAAAUGAACUGGAAACUUUCAGAACAAUCAAGAAAAAAGGUAGCACAUACUAUAUAAGUCGAGUUAUAAGAUUACAUCACAUAGUGGUAUAA